AUGUCGAAAUACGUGCAUGAAACAAAGAAAUAUAUCCCCAGUGGAGCGACGGUCAAGGCUAGGGCGACCACUCUCAGCGCCUGGGAGCUCCCAAAGCAAGAGUCUGCUCUCGCACCCAAGGAUGUGUGGACCAAUGCGGACAUGGACCCAGUCCCUCCAAGGUACCAGACCUGGACCUUGUGGACGUGGAUGGCCUACUGGGCGACCGACACUAUCAACUUGGGUACCUGGGAAACUGCCUCUUCUGUGAUUGCCGUGGGUCUCAACUGGCGCGAUGCAAUUCCCAUCAUGGUGGUCGGCACCAGCUGCGUCGCUGUCCCCAUGGUCCUCAACGGUGCCAUCGGUGCUAAACUGCACAUCCCCUUCUCAGUCAUUGUCAGAUCCGGCUUCGGUUUUUACUUUGGUUACUUCUGCAUUGUCUCUCGAGCCAUCUUGGCCAUGUUCUGGCUUGGUAUCCAAGGGGCCAACGGUGCACAAUGUAUUACGCUCAUGUUGACCGCCAUCUGGCCCUCGUACGCACACAUCAAGAACCACCUUCCCAGCGAUGCCGGUAUUACGACGCAGGGAAUGAUCAGCUAUUUCCUCUUCUGGAUAAUUCAGCUCCCACUUUUGCUGAUCCCGCCAACGAGGCUUCGCUAUCUUUUCAUGGUCAAACUCGUCGCUGCGCCAAUCACCGCGUUAGCGACUCUGGGUUGGAUCGUGCACAAGGCAGGAGGCGGUGGUGCCAUCUUCUCCCUUCCCGAGACCGUUCACGGCACUCAGCGCGCCUGGCUCUGGCUGUCGUGCAUGUCCUCGGUCACAGGCUCUUGGGCCACACUGGCCUGCAACAUCCCUGACUUCAGUCGUUACGCGAAGACCUCCCGCGGCCAGUACAUCCAGCUGCCUUUCCUUCCGGCCAUUUUUACUGUCUGCGGUGUGAUGGGGAUUGUCACCACAUCCGCGUCCAAGGUCCUCUACGGAGAGUUUCUGUGGAAUCCGUUGGAUAUUAUCGCACAUUGGCUGGACAAUCCCGGUGGUCGUGCCGCUGCCUUCUUUGCCGCGCUCUCGUGGUAUGUCGCCCAAGUCGGCACCAACAUCACUGCAAACAGCAUCUCCGCCGCAAAUGAUCUGACAGUUCUAUGUCCCAAAUACAUCAACAUCAAACGUGGUUGCGUCAUCGCCGCCAUUGUCGGUGGCUGGGUCAUUGUCCCAUGGAAGAUUCUCAGCUCUGCCUCGACCUUUUUGGCCUUCAUGGGCGGUUAUGCCGUCUUCCUCGCACCCAUGGCCGGAAUCAUCGCUUCGGACUACUGGAUCGUCAAGCGACAACACAUUGACGUGCCUGCUCUGUAUGACCCUCGCGGCCGAUACAGGUACAACAUAUGGGGUAUCAACUGGCGCGCCAUGCUUGCCUUCCUUCUCGCCAUCGGCCCCUGCUUGCCUGGGUUGGCGUGGAGCAUCAACAGCUCGUCCAAGAUUACCUCGGGUGCCAAGCACCUGUAUUCUUUUGAUUGGCUCUAUGGCUUUGUGACCAGCAUCUUUGUCUACUCGGUGACCAGCUACAUCUGGAAACCGACCAACCAAAUUGUGCCACACACUGUCUACGGCAUCCCUCAAGAUCCCGACGAGGAAGAGGCAUACGAGGAAGCCUAUGAUGAGAAAGUGCUCAGGAAGGACAGCCUCGUGGGCAACCCCAAAAGUUUCGCCAAUGUGGGCGGCAUCGACAACAUGGGCAGCACUCUCCAUUUCAGGAAGUCUGUUGAUGAAACUGCCAGGGAGAGUAUCGAGGUGAGACGAGCCAGCCGGGCGAGCCAAGGAGGUCAAGGACCGCACGAACCUGGUACCAUUCCCGCUCAUCUCAAGGGUGUUGACCCGCAAGUGUUGAAUGAGAAGGUGUAA